AUGUCGAAACUUCCAGACUGGGUUCUCGACUCUAAGCUCGAGACCCAUUUCCUGCCUGGUAGGAAAUACGAGACAGUGCAUACCUACUAUGAGCAGGAAUCCCAUUCCCAGCGACCAAUAAAAAAAACAGAACACUGGCAGCGGGAGAAGAAGAUUGACAGUGGUGGGUUUGGAGAGGUAUGGCUGGAAAGAUGCACAAAAAGAAAGAAUCAUGGUCAUCAAGUCCGCGCGACAAAGGAGAUGGAGGUCCACCGCCAGAUAGACUACGCUCGUGAGCUCGAGGCUAUUGUGAAAUUCUCACACUCAAAGUACGACCGAUGUUUUGUUAAGUCUUUUGGGUGGUAUCAGACCCAAACCAGCUUAUUUAUUGCGAUGGAAUAUCUUGAGCUAGGGGAUCUACACAAUUAUCUGCUCAAGAAGAAGCAGCCGCUACCGGAACUUGAGGCGCAGUGCAUAAUGUCCCAGAUCCUUGAGGGCCUUGAUUUAAUGCACGACAAUGGCUUUGCACAUCGUGACUUGAAACCCAAAAAUAUCCUUUUGAGAUCUUGUCCACCAGAUGAUUGGUGGGUAAAAAUCGCGGACUUUGGGAUUAGCAAACGCAUCGAAGAUGACAUUGGAAAAUCAACAACCAUGAAGGGCACCAAGGGAUAUAUUGCUCCUGAAGUGUAUAAAUUGAUUGAAAGCGGUACUCCCUAUGCCGUUGACAUUUGGGCAGCUGGCGAGGUUAUGUUCUAA